GGCAAGGGAUAGUCUGACAGUUCACCAUGAUGAUAUAUCAGAUGACGACUUCAUCCUCUCGAAAAAUGAAAUCCACCUUCCAGAAGUGGAUAAGAGUGAUUUGGUUUGCAAAUAGUAUUUUGCAUGCCUUUUUCUAUUGUGCAGCACUGGCUUGCAUUCCAUUUUCAUACACGCAACCCACUUUCUUGCAGAUGGGUUCACGGUUCUCAACAUGCUUUACACCAUAUUCCAUCAUAUCACUGCGUCAAAAUCAGCUAGAACCGUUGAGGACCAGCAUUGGGGGCUUGAGUGGAAAUAUCUACCUGUAGGCCCUGUUACGGCAAGCGGAGGCCUGCAGGACAAUUGGGAAAUUGAAGUACCCUUGCAGCAUGAAGCGAUGAAAAAUCUUGUUUCUACUCACCAGGAGUUUUCACGGAAUAUUACUGCGGAGAGAAUGCAAAUUCAGCAGCACGGGCAUCUGUUGCAUAUCAAGCGAGUCAUUGAUUCCGAUACAUUGAGCAAACUCCUCGCUGCACUAAAGCAAGCAGGUUCAAGUGUUUCUUUUCUCCUUGAUACUGCCCAAGUUCUUGCAAUCUUUAAGCAAGAGUCAGUCCAGGCAACCUUGAUGCAGGAUACAAAUGUACUUUUGGACUUUUCCAUAAUUUCUUUGGAUAAAUUCUAUGUACCACCCUUCAAUAGUUGA